CUGCUGCAGGAGUCAGUCACGAUGACACCACACUUCAGUCUCUGCUUUCAGAAAAUUGUUGUGCUUUUGUGUUGCACAGUGUGUUGUGCUAAUAUUUCAUGUAGAAAUGAAGCUGGUGAGCCUGUUGACUGGUUCAUCAUCUACAAACUGUCGCGGUAUAAGAUUGGUGAGGUCGGCAGUGGAGUGGACUACAUGUACCUGGACUCCUCAGCAGGAAGCUGGCAGAUGAGUAAAUUUGUGGUUAACACUAGUCAAGGAGCCCUUGGGAGCACACUGAACCAACUCUACAUGGGAAAGACCUACGAAUCUAAGAGUUCAGUCUACGCACUCUACAAUGAUGCUCCACCUAACAUGGAUUACAUCCUCGGAUAUGGACACACUAAAGGGGCCCUGCUCUUUGACCGCACUCAAGGUUUCUGGUUGAUGCACAGCAUCCCCCACUUCCCCUCGUUCCCUGAGAAAGGCUACAUUUACCCCUCCUCAGGCAAAGUCUAUGGCCAGACUGCUCUCUGUGUUACCUACCAGUACGAACAGUUCCUCCACAUAGCACAGCAGAUGGCGUACACCUACCCACGAUUCUAUAACUGCUCUGUACCUGAUGCAUUCGUGGCUGACCUGCUGCAGCUGGCUCAGAUAUGUGGCGGCUCCAAACCACCACUUUUCUCUGAUAAGAGAGUGGAGCAUCUUACCUCAAUAAAAGGGGAAAAGUUUGUCAGUUUUGUCAAAUCUGAACACUUUGUAGAUGACAUCUACACGGGCUGGGUGGCUCAGGUCCUGGAUGCCGACCUGCUGGUGGAGACGUGGCAGAGACCAAGUCACGAAUUGCCCUCUAACUGCUCCCUGCGCAAACACACCAUGAACAUAAAGAGGAUCCAGCUCCCCGGGCCAGUCCGAUUUCAGUCCUACGAUGACCACUCAAAGUGGUGUGUGGCGCGGGCCUAUGAGGACCAGGUGACAUGUCUGGGGGAUCUGAACAGGGAGAAGGCUCAAAUGUGGAGAGGAGGGGGGCUUGUCUGCACAUUUAACCCGCUUAUUUACAAGGCCUUUAGACAGGUAGUGGACUGGUACAUUGGCUGUUGAGAGCUAAAGACAGAUAAAACCACUGGAAUAAAUGUCAGGUUAGAUCAUGUUUAGGUGAGAAUAGCUGCAGUACAACCAUCACACCACACAAAUUUCAAAUUAGCCAUCCGUUUUUUAAUUAAACCCUGUUUGUUUAUAACAGAAAUACACUUGUAGAUAAAUUCUAAGUUAGCAGAUGUAUUUUCCUGUAGAAUGACUCUAACCUAUAAUUAAUUUGUUUCCAACACCCUUUAAAGCUGAUGUUGGCAGUCACAGAGUAAACAUCUGUUCAGAGAGAGGGACUUUGAAUGUCAACACUAUCCCUCCCAACCAGAUUUCCUCUUAGCCCCCAAACACAGAUCGGCGUGUGCAAUCAUGAUAGUGCCGGACUCAUAACCAAUCAGAGGACGCAGUAGGGGCCGCCCCUUAACCAAUCAGGACAGAGGAUUGGGGAUUAGCCAUCAUUGGUCCAUCAUAACUGGAAUGAGGGGAAUAAUAACAUUGCUUGAUACAAAGGCAUUGGAAAACGCAGAGAUUUCGCAAUAGUCUCAAAUUACUCCACUUACCGAUGAGUACUGAUGGGCAUUAUGACCUUUUCUCCAAACCCAGCAGAAAACGGUGGCGUUACGCAACAGAGUAGAACAAAGACAAGCAAGUUCUCAUAUUAAAUUUGCCUCUCUCUGUAUUCCAUCCCCUCGACUUUAUUAUGCCAUUACACCAUUUUAAAACUGGAACUAUGGCAUCAAUCAUGAACCUGUGCAAUCUAAAACAGACUGUAUGCAAAUGCAAAUGGUUUAAUAGAUUUUGGAAAGUCCACAGACCACAACUAUUUACGGCAGCUCAGAGGAAUCUACGAGACAAGGGAGCUCAGGGACUCCAGAAAGGUCUAUGGUUAGUAACUUUAAUGGGUCAGGCAGAGUUAAAGUAAGUGAUGAAGGGGUUGGGGGGAAGGGGGUGAGCUAGGAUCCCAGUGUGUCAGUGCGCCAGUUCCCCCAGCAGUCUAGGCCUAUAGCAGCAUAACAAAAGCUGGUCCAAGCCUGAGCCAGCUUUAACUAUAAGCUUUAUCAAAAAGGAAAGUUUUAAGCCUACUCUUAAAAGUGGAGAGGUUGUCUGCCUCCUGGACCCUGACUGGUAGAUGAUUCCAAAGGAGAGGGGCCUGGUAACUGAAGGUUCUACCUCCCAUACUACUUUUAGAGAUUUUAGGUACAACUAGCAAGCCUGCAUGUUGGGAGCGUAGAGUUCUAGAGGGGUAAUAGGGCACUAUGAGCUCUUUAAGAUACAAGGGUGCCUGAUUUUUACGGUCUUUUUAGGUUAAAAGAAGGAUUUUAAAUUCUAUUCUACAUUUUAUUGGGAGCCAGUGAAGAGAAGCUAACACUGUAGAGAUGUGCUCUCUCUUCCUAGUUCUAGUCAAUACUCGAGCUGCGGCGGUUUGAACUAGCUAAAGAGUCUUUAGAGACUUAUUGGGGCAGCCUGAUAAGAGGGAGUGUGAAUGCAUGCCUGCAGUCCCUCAUACCUGUACCAUGGCACUCUGCUCCAUUUCCUGGGUGGCGUUAAGCAGCAGAGAAGUCAGCAGACUCAGAAAGUGUUGAUUCUCAUCCAGUAACCGAUGGACAGUUUCACUGAAACAAGACUGGGGGGACAGGGCCUUCUCUGUCGCUGCUCCCAUCCUCUGGAACUCUCUUCCCCAACACCUCAGAUUUUCUCCCUCACUCACCAAAUUCAAAUCCGUACUCAACACCCACCUAUUUACAAAGGCUUUUAACCUAUAAUUAAUUGAUUUUUGUUUGUUUUGUUUUGCUUUGUUUUGCUGCCUUGUUUUCCUUUGCAUUUCUAUUGUAUAAUUCAUUUUCUUGUAAAGUGUCUUGGAGAAUCUUUUAAAGUGAUUUUAUAAAUAAAAUGUAUUAUUAUUAUUAUUAUUAUUAUUAUUAUUAUUAUUAUUAUUACACACAUCGAAAAAAUAACGAGAAAUCAGUCGCACAAACACCACAGCCUGAUAUUUCACAUGAUGCUUAUGAGCCAUGGAAGGGUUAACCUAACCCUAAAAACUCCAGCAGAACACAGAUGGGAAAAAUGUUACAUUACAAAUUAUUGAAGAAGUUAGCUUAAACAUGAAGACCCAUUAGUGCCUCUGUCUUGAAACGGAAAAGAGCUCUUUUUGUUCCUGAGUGAAUGAAUGAAGUGAAACUGAAUGAAUCUGUCAUUCCUGUAUGUUUUUGACCUUUUCAAGACUGCAAUGUGAAAAAAUAAGUUUGUUUCGGAUCAAACAGGGACACCUAGUGGUCAGACUGAAGUUCUGUAGCAUACUUUCUAUGGACAGUAGAUUACUAGAUUGAGUAGUACUGUUUGUAAAUACACCCUAAAACACACUGUUAAAGUCAAACCAAAAAAGGAUUUGUGUAGAAUUUGCAUCCGUUACACACUUUUACUUCUUUCAUUCUUUUUCAAACUUUUUCUUACUUUAAUACUAUUAAAGUUGUUUGUCUUAUACCACCUUCUUUCAAGACACCUUUUCUACAAAUACCCUGAAAACAAGGGAACUUGGGAAAUAAACAGUGUAUCUUUCUAUCUA